AUGGUUGAUGACGAGGAGGGCUUUCCUAGUGAGGAUUCUCAACACAUUUUUCGCUUUUGCAAUCUAGCAGAUCUAGUAUGGAGGUGCUCGCCUUUACAGAUUUUCUCAAAAACUAAUGAAGACGUUUCUUUGAAGAAAUGGAUUCAAAGCCAUAUCCUGCUCUUUCAUAGCAAGGAUGGAAUUGAUAGCCUUAGAAUAGAUGGGUUUGUGGCUGUCCUAUGGAGUUUAUGGACUACGAGGAAUAGCAGGAUCUUUCGAGAUGAAAAUGGACAUGCUCGUCUGGUCCUUCAGAAUGUUGAUAGGAUACUGGAAUCGUCAAGAACUUUCAAAUCGAUUAAACCAAGCUUACCCCAAAACAAUCAGGGGGGCCAUGUUCCUCCGGGUUUCGAUUUGGUCCAACUAGGGACCUUUACAGAUAGGUUUUCUAACUCUAUUUUGCAGGUUGAUGGGUCAUGGGAAAAGAAGACAGGACAAUCAGGAGGAGGUUGGGUUUACAAAUUUCACAAUGAUGCUCCCUUCCAACCAGGAGGAGGCUUCUAUGGGUGUGCGAAUUCAGCAAUACAGGUAGAGACAGAGACAUGCCUAAAAGCAAUGCAGUGGGUAAAGCAGCAGAAGAGAUCAGAAAUCUUCAUUAUGACAGACUCCUCAGUUUUGGUGUCAACCCUAAGGAAUGCAAUGACUGUCGAUGUUACUAUUUCUUGGAUGAUUAGGAAAAUCAAGCAACUUGCUUUAAGUUUCCAUAUCUGCACAAUCAUCAAAGUGGAGAGGAAGGACAUUCAUCAAGCUCAUGAGAUCGCCCAAAAAUGCAGGAAAUCUGGAACUAGUUUUAUUUCAGUUAUUUAG